UAAUCAUCUGUGCCUGAUAUGAGUUCAUUUCUGUGGCUGCUGUGUAUUUUUAACGGGAGUUGGCGGCCAUCUUGUAAAACCUGUAAUACAUAUUAUAACCACUAAAACGAUCUUUCCCAAUUUGAUACCUACAGUUUAUAUUGAAUUCAAAAUUAUUACUUUAAGUAUUUGCAUUAAAGACAUCCAUUUUAGGGAAAACGUAAUGUGGUUGUUGGCGAUUAUUUUUGGAUUCCCCAAACGGCACUAAAACGACAUUAGACAUUAAAAGUAACCCUAUUAACUUAUAUCUACCGACAGUGCACACGUAGGCUUAAAUAGGUAUGGCCCAUGAAUCAAUCCCCGUUGCAUGGGAAGGUUCUUCUUCGUGGAUAUCGACGACCAUCUUGUAUCUUCAAGAACGAAAAGCUAUCAUUUGUGGAACUAAUUUAGAUUUAUUUUAAGAUCCAAUAAGUCACCGUCUGGGGGGGGGGGGGAGAAAAGAAAGGAAAAAAGAUUUUAAAGACGAAUUUCACAGGAAACUUCAUUCUACGGUAUUUCCAGGGUGACUUGGUUACACAGUAACAAGAAACAGAAAACAUUUUGGUGAACAGAAGGGCAGAAAAAUGGAUCUUCUACUGCUGUGUAUUGCAGUCGCUAUCCCCGUCCUGGUACUGAUUAUAUUCUUGCCUAUGAUUAAGAAGAAGAUUUCUGACAGCGGCCCAACCGGCAACGGCAUUCCAGGACUGAAGGCUAAGGACGCCAAACAUGGGAACCUAGAACUGGUCACAAAACACGGCAGUCUCCAUGAGUUCCUUAUGUGGCUACACCAGCAGUAUGGACCCAUAGCAAAGUUCUGGUUUGGAGAACAAAUGGUAGUCAGCAUUGCCUCCCCUCAACUGUUCAAAGAGAACUCUCGUGUUUUUGAUAGGCCUCCUAUACUGUUCAAGUUGUUCGAGCCGUUGAUAACUGAAAACUCUAUUCAGUAUGCUAAUAAAGAGGACGGGAGGUGGAGGAGAAAUACUUACGAUCCCUGCUAUAGCCACGAACACGUGAUGGGAUACAUAACUAUAUUUCAAAGGCUUGCCGAGGAAUUGGUGGAGAAAUGGUCACAUAUACCACGUGAUGAACACGUCCCUUGCCGCCAGGAGGCGUUCGUGUUUGCGCUUAAAGCAAUAACCCAGAGUUCUCUUGGGGAUUUCUUUUUGGAAGAGGAACAGGUUGUCAAGUUCUGGAAAUCAUACGAUAUAUGUUGGUACGACAUGGAAGAGAGGCUUGGAGGCGAUAUACCCCAACCUGGGAGUGAGCGUGAAAAGAAAUUUAAUGAUGCGAAAAAAUACAUGUACGACACAAUUGCCGCAGCAAUCGAAGUUAGGCGGAGACACCCGAACACCGCGAACCGAGAAAUGCUUGUUGACGUCAUGAUUGAGAACAAUAUUGAUGAUGACGUCAUGCAGAGCGACUUGUUGACCAGCAUUAUCGGUGGAUUUCACACGUCGGGAAAUUUAUUGGUAUGGACCCUCCAUUUCAUCUCACUUUACCCCGAAGUUCAAGAGAAAAUGUUCCAAGAAGUGAGCACCGUGUUGGGUGACACAGGCAAGGUCACACCGGAUAACGUUGCGCAGUUGGUGUACAUCCGUCAGGUAAUGGACGAGACGCUGCGCGUGGCGGUGGUUGCACCUUUCGCUGCUCGCUUUGACGACGAAAAAGACGUCACACUGGGAGGUCACGUUAUACCGGCUGGGACUCCCGUUAUUCAUGCUCUGGGUGUUGAAUCGAAUGACCCAGCACUGUGGCCGAAUCCAAAGAAGUUUGACCCAGACCGCUUCAGUCCUGAAAAUGUGGCCGAGAGGCAACCCUACUCCUUCCAACCGUUCGGUUUUGCCGGCAAGCGCAAGUGCCCCGGAUACCGCUUUUCCUACGUGGAGAUCGCCACCGCGUUGGCGAACAUUCUGCGUAGAUUUCAGAUCCAUGAGGUAGAAGGUCAGACAAUUAAGGCGAAGUACGGUCUUGUGGGUACCCCUGAUGGAGAAGUGUGGAUAACCCUCAGUGAGAGAUCCGCCGAAAACAAAGAGGAAUAGCCUGCUUGAA